AUGACUCCAGGUUCAUCCAACUCACCAUCUCACGAAGUGAUGAAAGACAUUCUUGGAAAACUCCAAGAAAUGCAUGACGAAAUGAAAAAGCAUGAAACAAGGAUGGAUGCCAUUGCGGACCUAUGCCUUAGACAAGGUAGAAGGUUAGAGGAAUUAGAAAAUUCCACACCCACCCAAGGUGAAUCACAAUUCCGUGGUCACCAAGAUGAUAGAAGUGUCAAGCUAGACCUUCCCGACUUUGAUGGUUCUAGUGAUCCGGAAGUUUUUUUUGAUUGGGUACGUAGGAUGGAGAGUAUCUUUGAGUAUAAGGAGUAUGAUGAUGCUAGGAGUUGUAAAAUGGCGGUUCUUAAGUUAACCAAGCUUGCUGGGCUUUGGUAUGAUAAUCUAAAGGCCAAGAGGAGAAGAGAAGGAAAAGAUAAGAUUGAGUCAUGGAUGAAACUCAAGAAGAAGAUGGAACAACGUUGGGUUCCACAUGAGUAUGUGCAAGAUCAAUAUGUCAAAUUGACUCGCCUAGCUCAAGGUGAACGAAGUGUUGAUGACUAUGUGCGAGAGUUUGAGAAACUCAGUUUGGUGUGUGAUAUGCAAGAGAAGGAACCACUCAAAAUUGCCCGUUUCACUAAAGGGUUGUCUAAACCAAUCUCUAAUAAGGUGGAUCUCCUACCUUAUUCCACCUAUGAAGAGGUUGUGAAGGCUGCUAGAAAGGUUGAGGCACAACACAAAGAAGAUAAGCCAAGACCUACAUCUAGGCUUCCUUACAAAGCUUUUUCUUCCAUGGGAAAAGGCGAGGUUGCUUCUAAAUCCACUUUUACUCCUAACUCGUCCAAAGGUUAUGGAGGAAAAACGGAUUCCAAGCAAGAAAUCCCCAAGAGGACGUGUUACAAAUGCCAUGAGAAAGGACAUAUUGCUAGUGAGUGUCCAAAACGGAACACACUCACCAUCCAUGAAGGAGGGUAUGAUUCCGAGGAAAAUGAGGAAGAGGAAGAGGAAUAUGAGGAGUAUGGGGCUGAAGAAAACGCCACUCCAUUGUGUGGUGUUGUAAGAAGGAUCCUACAUUCCGAGCCUCUCAAGGAUGUGCAACAAAGAGAGAAUCUUUUCCAUACGAGGUGCAAGGUACGGGACAAGAUUUGUGAUGUGAUUGUAGAUGGUGGUUCUUGUACGGAUGUGGCCUCUACUGAACUUGUAAGCAAGCUUAAAUUACCCACUCGUGAGCAUGCUAAACCUUACAAGUUAAAUUGGUUAGAUAACGAAACCGGUUUGAAAGUUAAGAAACAAGCACUAGUUUCUUUUACAAUUGGAAAUUUUCAUGAUGAACGUUGGUGUGAUGUUUUGCCUAUGAGUGCGUGUCAUAUAUUGCUUGGUAGACCAUGGCAAUUUGAUCGAAGUGCUUUGCAUGAUGGUGUUUCUAAUGUCUAUACGGUCACUAAUCAUGGGGGAAAGAAAAUCAGGUUACUUCCUUUACCUCCAAAGGUUGAACCUAUGGUGGAAAAGAAACCUAACUAUUUGGUUUCUAAGAGUGAGUUUGAGCGUGAAUUUGCUAUGGAAGGGGAAGGGUUUUUACUUGUUGUUAAACCUGUUGAUGAUACCUAUUCCUAUGUUACUAACUCACCGUCUUUGAAGGAAUUGCUAGAAGAAUUUUCUGAUGUUUUUCCUAGUGAUUUACCACAAGGAUUACCUCCAUUGCGAGGUAUUGAACAUGCUAUUGACUUGAUUCCGGGAGCUCAAUUGCCUAACAAACCAGCCUAUAGGUGUAGCCCCGAUCAAGCCAAGGAAUUGCAAAGACAAGUAGAAGAACUUAUGGAAAGAGGUUAUGUACGUGAAAGCCUUAGUCCAUGUGCCGUUCCUGCUCUUUUGGUGCCUAAGAAAGAGGGAACUUGGAGGAUGUGUAUUGAUAGUCGUGCCGUCAAUAACAUUACUAUCAAAUACAGAUUUCCUAUGCCAAGGCUUCAAGACAUGUUUGAUGAGUUGAGUGGAGCCAAAAUUUUCAGUAAAAUUGAUUUGAGAAGUGGUUAUCAUCAAAUGCGAAUUCGUGAGGGAGAUGAGUGGAAAACAGCUUUCAAGACUAAGCAAGGCUUGUACGAAUGGCUUGUCAUGCCAUUUGGUCUUUGCAAUGCUCCUAGUUCGUUUAUGAGACUCAUGACUGAGGUAUUGCGUCCUUUUCUAAACAAAUUCAUUGUUGUAUAUUUUAGAUGA